UAAUUAGGUUAAAGUUGAUGAAUCAUUACUACAAUUUACUUUUUAAAUAAUAAAAUAUAGUUUGUAUUAAUAAGCAAGCUUUGAUAUUCAAAUGGGCCUGUAUCCAUUUUUCUGGCCCAAUUUCAGAUCAACUUGUUUCCGGGUUCUUCUAUCCCUUCCUUCGUUGCAUAGAAUCCAAAAGGACAUUUCUUUCAUCAAUUGGAUGAUGUUGAGGUCAGCUAUAUUUGUAAAGUUCGAACCUUGAUGAUCUACACGGCCAUUGAAAGGCGAAAGCUGGUUAUGAACAGAUUCAAUUCAUUUUUUAUCAAUUAUUCCCAUCAUUCCAGAUUCAAUCACAGAGGACUGACCCGUUUCCUCUGCAGCACUGUGGAUUCAACGGAGUCUAAGUUUCACUCCAAUUUACUUCUCAAUGAGCUGUCUAAAUCCGGCCGAGUCGAUGAGGCCCGCCAGAUGUUCGAUAAAAUGCCGAGCAGGGAUGAGUUUUCUUGGAACACUAUGAUAGCUGCUUAUGCCAACUCAGGAAGACUCGCUGAAGCAAAACAACUCUUUGAUGCGACCCCAAGUAAAAACUCCAUCACAUGGUCGUCAUUGAUAUCUGGGUACUGCCGAAAUGAGAGCGAAAGUGAAGCUUUCGAGUUGUUUUGGCGAAUGCAGUUCGAGGGGCAUAAGCCCAGCCAGUACACGUUGGGCAGUGUUCUGAGGUUGUGUUCAACACUGGGUUUGCUCCAGAGAGGUGCGCUUGUUCAUGGUUAUAUGACAAAGACCCAAUUUGACAAUAAUAUUUUCGUUGUCACGGGUUUGGUGGACAUGUAUGCAAAGUGCAAGCGCAUUUCAGAAGCUGAGUAUCUCUUUGUGACUCUGCCUGAUAGGAAAAACCACGUUUUGUGGACUGUCAUGCUUACUGGGUACUCUCAAAAUGGUGAUGGGUUUAAGGCAAUGAAGUUUUUCCGAGACAUGCGAGCAGAAGGGGUUGAAUCCAAUCAUUUUACGUUCCCUAGUGUAUUGACAGCUUCUGCGUCAGUCUUAGCACAUAGUUUCGGUGCUCAGGUGCACGGAUGUGUUGUUCAGAGUGGUCUCGGGGCUAAUGUGUUUGUCCAAAGUUCCUUGGUUGACAUGUAUGUCAAAUGUGGAGACCUUAAUAGUGCAAAGAAGGCAUUGAGAAGCAUGGAGGUUGACGAUGUUGUUUCUUGGAACUCCAUGAUUGUGGGUUGUGUAAGGCAGGGGUUUGCAGAAGAAGCUUUGUCCUUGUUUAAAGAUAUGCAUUCAAGAGAAAUGAAGAUUGAUCAUUUUACGUAUCCAUCUGUUCUAAACUCCUUUGCUGCGAUGAAGGACAUGAAAAAUGCAAUGUCUAUCCAUUGUUUGAUAAUCAAGACUGGUUUUGACGUUUAUCAACUUGUGGGAAAUGCUCUCGUUGAUAUGUAUGCUAAGCAGGGGAACAUAGAUGCUGCGGUUGAGGUGUUCAAGUGUAUGUCAAACAAGGAUGUUAUCUCAUGGACCUCCCUGAUCACAGGCUAUGUACAUAAUGGCUCUCAUGAAAAAGCACUUAGAUUGUUCUGUGAGAUGAGAACUGCAGGGAUCUAUCCCGACCAGUUUGUAAUUGCCAGCGCUUUGAGUGCCUGUGCCGAACUGACAGUUCUGGAAUUUGGCCAACAAAUUCAUGCAAACUUUAUAAAGUCCGGCCUUCAAGCCUCCUUAUCAGUAGAUAAUUCCUUUGUAGCAAUGUAUGCAAAAUGCGGGUGCAUAGAAGACGCCAAUAGAGUUUUCGACUCUAUGCAAGUUCAAGAUGUGAUUACUUGGACAGCUUUGAUAGUUGGUUAUGCCCAGAAUGGUAGAGGAAAGGAGUCCCUAAAGUUUUAUGAUCAAAUGAUUUUAGCUGGCGCAGAACCGGACUUCAUUACCUUUAUUGGCUUAAUAUUUGCUUGUAGCCAUGCUGGUCUUCUGGAAAAAGGUCGGUACUACUUUGAAUCGAUGAGUAGGGUUUAUGGAAUACAACCAGGUCCGGAGCACUAUGCAUGCAUGAUUGACCUCUUGGGGCGCUCAGGGAAGCUUAAUGAGGCCGAAGCAUUAGUUAAUAAAAUGGUUGUGGAACCAGAUGGAACUGUAUGGAAGGCACUGCUUGCUGCAUGUAGAGUGCACGGGAACAUAGAACUUGGAGAGCGGGCAGCAACAAACCUUUUCAAAUUGGAACCUCUAAAUGCUGUGCCUUAUGUUCAGUUAUCGAACAUGUAUUCUGCGGCUUCUAGAUGGGAAGAUGCUGCAAGAAUCCGAAGAUUGAUGAAAUCAAAGGGAAUUCUUAAGGAGCCUGGAUGCAGCUGGAUUGAGACGAACAGCCAAGUGCAUACCUUUAUGUCUGAAGAUAGAAGCCAUUCGAGGACGGCUGAAAUAUUCAAGGUUGAUGAGAUCAUGAUGUUGAUCAAGGAAGCUGGAUAUGUGCCAGAUAUGAAUUUUGCGCUUCAUGACAUGGAUAAAGAGGGAAAAGAGCUUGGCCUAGCGUAUCACAGUGAGAAGUUGGCUGUUGCUUUCGGGCUUCUCACCACACCACCAGGGGCACCAAUCCGAAUUUUUAAGAAUCUCCGGGUUUGUGGAGAUUGCCAUACUGCAAUGAAAUUUAUAUCAAAGGUCUAUCUUCGGCAUAUUAUAUUAAGAGAUUCAAACUGUUUUCAUCAUUUCAAAGAAGGGAACUGCUCUUGUGAUGAUUACUGGUAGAAGAUUCGUCUGUCAACUCCAAAUGGCUCGUUCUUGGUGCUCUUUCUAAAGCUGGUCCACUUGCAAUACUUCAAAGGUUAGGUUCCAUCGACACCCUCAAUCCUGUUACGAUCAAAUGAACAUCGACUUAAAUGUUGCUGUGGGAGUUCGAGUCGUGUACCUUGAAAGUGACUUGCAGCUCCUAAUAUCAAAGUUUAGCGAACGUCGAUGUCAUCUCCGUACAGAGACGCAGGUUCUUCGGAAGGAAAUAUACGGAAGGUGUAUAAUGUUAAAUGAGACUUGAGUUUAGUUUCAGAGGGUGUUUCAAGCAUGAUGUUUUUCGCUCGAAGAUUAGUAGAACGAACAUACAGAUCUACCACCGAAAGAGAAGCAAAUGAAGAAAGGCUAGUCGGAAAAUCCACUCAAAGAUUUGAAUCUCUGUAAUAGUGGAACAGCAGGCAAUGAGAACCUGAUUUCAUCUAAAUGAUCCCAUUUAGUCUC